AUGUUGGAGGUAGAGUGUGCAUUAACGCAGGACGGCGAUGACGUCUGCCUUGUGGGUGCCUCACCCACAUUGGGCAGCUGGGAUACGGGCCGCGCGCUGCGGCUCAAUACAGGACCCGGGCUUUGGCCCCGCUGGGCGAAGGAGCUGACGCUUCCGCAGGGCACGGAGUGCAAGCUCAUCAUCCGGAGACGCGGCGGGCAGGUGGAGUGGGAAGGCCUCGAGGGCAACCGAAGCUGGCCUGCAGCGGCCCCUGCCUCGAAGGUGUCGAUGAAGUUUGGUGUCCCGGCCGUCAGCUUCGAGCCAUCGCCCACGCUGCCUGCACAAGUUCCACAACCUCCAGUCCAACCUCCAGUCCAACCUCCUGUGCAGCCUCCUGUGUUGCCUUCGCCCAAGGCAACCGCUGGCUACCGCCCGUCACCUUCACCGGCUUCCGCUUUGGCGACGCCGUCGGUCAGGUCGCCGACCUCCUCCAGGGGCGGCAAGACGCCCAAGGGCCACAAAGACCUGCGGCAGCGGUUCAUCCUUGACAUGCACGACGGGUACGAGCAGAAUAUCGAGGAACGCUUCGAGUUGGAUGCGAAGGCCAAACUGGGCGACGGCGCCUUCAGUGUGGUGACUCGGGCCACCAACCGGGCGACGGGCGCGGUGAGGGCGGUGAAGUCCGUCUUGAAGUCCAGGGUCCAAAAGAUGGAGGCCCUGAAGAACGAGAUUGACCUGGCUCGGGACAUGGACCACCCGAACAUUGUAAGACUCUACGCAGUGUACGAGGACCCAAGGCACCUCUACCUCGUUAUGGAGCUCUGUGAGGGUGGCGAGCUCUUCGACCGACUGUCGGACAUCUACUCUUUGGGCGAGAAGGGCGCCCAGACCUGCAUGAGGCAGGUCUUCGCGUCCGUGGCGUACUGCCACGGGCGGGGCAUCUGCCACCGCGACCUGAAACCCGAGAACUACCUGAUCCACGAUAAGGAUACGGCCUUGGACCAAACGGUGCUGAAGCUCAUCGACUUCGGUCUCGCGAAAGCCGUGCCAGAGGAGGGCUGCUUAAAGACCCGCGUGGGUACGGCCUACUACGUAGCGCCCGAGGUGCUGGCACAGGCCUACACCGAAGCUGCAGAUGUUUGGAGUAGCGGCGUGAUCCUGUACAUCAUGCUCUGUGGCGCCCCUCCUUUCAAUGCUGACAAAGACAGCGACAUCCUGAAGUUGGUGAAGAAGGGCCAGUACAGCAUGGAAGGAGGCGUCUGGAAGACUGUGAGCACCACGGCCAAAGGCCUCAUCAAAGCGUGCCUAGACAUGGACCCGCAGAAGCGCAUCACGGCACAAGACGCUUUGGCCCACGAGUGGUUCCACCUCGAGGACGCCAUUCACGCAGCCCCCUUGGAUGCAUCCGUCCUCCGAAAUUUGCAGUCCUUCAGCAGCGCGAACCGCUUCCGAAAGGCCGCACUAACGGCAGUCGCUUACCAGCUGAGCGAGGAGGAGCAGAAGGAACUCCGCGAAAUCUUCAUGAGGCUGGACACAAACGGCGACGGCUUUCUGAGCUUGGAGGAGAUCAAGGAGGGGCUCCAGCAGCAACUGGAGAUCUCGGAUCUGGAGCACGUUCUCCAGGAAGUGGACUCCAACGGCGACGGCCGAAUUGAGUACACGGAGUUCCUGGCAGCAGCCAUGGACCAGAGGCUCCAGCGGAACGAGACGACGUGCUGGCGUGCAUUCAAAACCUUCGACAAGGACGGAGACGGGAAGAUUACCUACUCGGAGCUGCAGCAGGUGCUCGAGGACGACGAGCUGCUUACGGAGGUUCCGGACUGCGAGGAUGCCCGCUUCUUCUUCGACAAAAUGGAUGUGAACGGUGACGGCGAGGUGAGCUUUGAUGAGUUUAUGGCCAUGCUGCAUCCAAAGGCUGAGAAUGCCAGGAAGAUGAGCAAGAACAGAAGCCUGCACGAGAUUGCGGAGCAAGCGUUGCAGGAGGCUGGGUAG